GUCAAGCAGAACAGUUUAACGUUUUCUGUUACACUCUUUUUUAAGCGAUUUUUUGGGUGGUUUAUUAAACAAAACAAAAAACUAGAAAUUCGUUUUUAAUUCGAAAAUAAAAAAAACAAUUUUUGUGAAAUGAAUUCGUUAUCAGUAAUUAUUUUCGCGUUAGUAUUCAUGUUCAGUGAUGGAUUGCCUGGCAAAAUUAAUAAAAAGUGCACCGAAUGUGUUUGCGGUGUUAGAGGAAGAGCUCAACGAAUCGUCGGUGGCAGUAUAACAUUAGCCCAUGAAUAUCCAUGGGUAGUCGGCCUAUCCAGACAAGGUAAAAUCUACUGUGGCGGAUCUCUUAUAUCGAAAAAACACAUCCUAACGGCAGCCCAUUGUGUUAAUGGCAUGGAGCCAGCUGAUAUUCGGAUUUACUUAGGAGGUCACAACAUAACUAAAGAUUAUUCGGAGAUCCGAAGAGUUAAGACGAUUCAUGAACACGAGCGAUUCGAUAUAAUUUCUUUCGACAACGAUAUUGCCGUGCUGGAAUUAGAUCAGACUGUGAGUUAUGGUCCAACUGUGCAGCCAGUUUGCUUGCCUAGUGGAACAACAGACGACUUCUCUGGAUCAAUGGGAAUUAUUGCCGGAUGGGGACGAUUAGGAGAGAAAAAGCCUACGUCGACUGUUCUUCGAUCAUUGUUAGUUCCGGUAUGGUCUCACGAACAAUGUCAAGAGUCGGGAUAUGGCGUGAAACGAAUCACUGAUAAUAUGAUGUGCGCUGGUUACCAUGAUGGUGGAAAAGAUGCUUGCCAAGGCGACAGUGGCGGAGCAAUGCAUAAGGAAGGACCCACUGGAAGUAUGGAUAUUAUAGGAGUCGUAUCCUGGGGACGUGGAUGCGCACGACCUAACUUACCAGGCAUCUAUACAAAAGUAGUCAAUUAUUUACCGUGGAUCCACAAAAAACUCGCAAGUGAAUGCCUGUGUUCGCCAAAAACCACAGAAAAUUCUAAUUCGUUGUGAAUGGUUUCACAUGAAUUUGAACGAAAUUUGAGACAAAUUAUUGUUGCAUAGUCGUAAUUUGAAGGAUUUUUGACAUUGUCACAAAACAGAGACCCGUCCAUGCGAGGGCGAACUGGACAACGACGCACUGCAAAGAUUUCGCCGCGUCAAAGGAUUUUGCUUGGACACACUGAAAACAUCACAUUAAGUGGAUUCUCAUUACGUUGUGAGUUGCAGGUUUUUGUAAGAUCUUGAAUAUGCAUUAAAAACGGCAAUUGA